GUUCCCAGAAAACAUCAAAUUGAAAAAGAAAAAAGCACAUUUCCUUUCAGUUUUGCUGGAUAAUCCCUUCUUCCUUCCCAACCUCACUUUCCCUCCUCACCGGCUCCCAAGUCCCACCCAGUAUUCUCCUCUUCGCUUGAAAAACCAAAAACCAAACGAAGAACGGAGAAAAGGGAAAAUGCAAUCCACCAUGAGCUGAGUACAGAGAUUCCAUUAGCUUGCUCCAAAUCUCCCUCUGAAAUUCCUGCCGUCUUUAAUCGUUUUUCGCUGCUCACGUUGCAAAGCUGAGAUACGCAGAAUCAACAGUGAAAACAUGGCGGCAGUCACUUCAGUCUCCUUCUCCCCGGCGAUGGGUCACUCUUCCGCUGACGGAAGGUCUUCCUCCUCAUCUUCUUCCUCCGCUCGCUCUCUAGCUUUCUCCACAUGCGAAGCGUUCCGUUUCCGAACUUUCCCUUCUGCUCACGUUCGUGGCUCUACCUCCUCGACCUCUGGCUUCGUCAUCCGUUGCAUGUCCAGUUCUACAGAUUUGCCGACUGUGGCCCAAACCAAGUUGAAUUUUCUCAAAGCUUACAAGAAACCAAUCCCUAGCAUCUACAACAAUGUUCUCCAGGAGCUGAUUGUGCAGCAACAUUUGAUUAAGUACAAGAAGACAUACUGUUAUGACCCCGUGUUUGCCCUAGGCUUUGUCACUGUUUAUGAUAAGCUCAUGGAAGGAUACCCGAGCGACGAGGACCGCGAAAUCAUUUUCCAAGCAUACAUCAGGGCCUUGCAAGAGGAGCCAGAACAAUACAGAAAUGAUGCUACGAAGCUCGAGGAGUGGGCAAGAACUCAGACAUCUGCUUCACUGGUCGAGUUUCCUUCGAGAGAAGGUGAAGUGGAGAGUAUGUUGAAAGAUAUCGCAGAAAGAGCUGGCGCUGGUAAAUUUAGCUACAGCCGUUUCUUUGCUGUCGGGCUUUUCCGCCUGCUCGAGCUUUCCAAUGCAACUGACCCCACUGUAUUGGACAAGCUUUGCGCAGCGCUAAACGUGAACAAGAGAAGCGUGGACAGGGAUCUUGAUGUAUACCGCAACCUGCUCUCGAAACUUGUCCAGGCAAAGGAGUUAAUCAAGGAAUAUGUCGAGAGGGAGAAGAAGAAGCGAGAAGAACGAACAGAGUCGCAGAAGGCUAGUGAGGCCGUCAAGAACUGCUUGGGACAGCCUACCUAUGUAGGGCAGAUGUAGACCAAACUGAGUAAAUGGCUCCACAACGGUUAUUUAUAAUUCCUUCCUCUUUAAUUCGAGGAUAGAGUUGAAGUGUGAGUUUUCACAGCAUUGGAACUGGUCUUCGUUGCAAAUAUUGUGGGCUUGCAAUAUUCAGAUCAGUUCUGUUUCCUAUGGGAAAAGAAUGAAUAUAGGAUUACCCCUCAGGAUCUUGUUUAUAAUUGGUCUUCCAUUUUGCUGCUCCAACUCUCUACACAGAGUGUAAGAACUUAAAAUUCAACUGUUAAGAUACUCUCUUGUUAUGAUGCCUUUCUUCUUCACUGUUUUGGAGUUAUUUUUGUUAAUGACAUUAACAAUGUGAGAUAGAUAUCUUAAGCAUUGGUUUAUUUUCUUCUUGACAUUGGCAAUGCUUGAUUGAUGAAUCCAAGGAGGAUGGCAAUGGGGCGGGUUUCUUUAUACUAUCCCCAUCCCCAUUUUCAAAUACUCAAACUCAUACUCGCCUCAUACCUAUAUUUUCAAAUAUUCAAAAAACAUUCUCCGCAUGGGCAUGAGGCGAGUAUGGGUCUGACUCAUACUCGCCUCAUACCCAUAUUUUCAAAUAUUCAAAAAACAUUCCCUGCAUGGGUAUGAGGCGAGUAUGGGUGUCAAACCCAUACUCGCCUCAUACCCAUGCGGGGAUGUUUUGCAAACCCAUCUUCAUACCCGUGGAUUUCGGGUACCCAUGGGUAAUACCCAUACCCGUACAUCUAACAUUAUUAUACCUAAAACUUACAAGAAAAGUUUUAAUUAUAACUAUAAACAAACCUAUUAUGUCAUGAAGUCAACAAAACAAAGUCAUUUUCUUAAUAUAGUUCAAAGAAUAUU